AUCAAAUCCUCUCCCCCAAGUCCUCUGGUGUGAAAGUAUAUGUUUAUGGGUGGCGAACCUCAAUCGUUUCUCCUUCCUCUUCUCUCACUUCCAUCUCUAUCAAGUCAAGAAUUUUACCUUUGUUCUUAAAAGGGCAAUGCAGCCUCAAUUUCAAUAGAAUAGAAGAACAUUAAAACUCAACAGUAUCGUUACAAAUAGGCGCCCUUUUAUAUCCAAAAUAAUGGAUCAACUCUUCUCUCGUUCUCCUUCGCCUUUGUACAUCACUCUCAUUUUGCUUAUAUUCUGCAGAGGAAUAUCAGGUUCUACAUUCACACUCGUUAAUAAAUGUAGCUACACAGUGUGGCCAGGCAUUCUUGGCAAUGCAAAAUUAGACAGCACCGGCUUUGAGCUCAAUCCUGGCACUUCCCGCUCCUUUCAAGUUCCACCAACCUGGUCCGGAAGAUUCUGGGGCCGAACCGGUUGUACAUUCGACCCCACUACAGGUCAAGGGACCUGCAAAACCGGUGACUGUGGGUCAAACCAAAUAGAAUGCAAUGGUUUAAGUGCAAGCCCACCGGCUUCUUUAGCCGAGUUUACAACUGGGUCGGGGUCGGGUACCCAGGACUUUUAUGACGUGAGUUUGGUUGAUGGCUACAAUUUACCAAUGAUUGUUGAACCAAGCGGUGGGACAGGGAAUUGCUUGGCGACCGGGUGCAUAGUUGAUUUGAACCAGCGGUGCCCGGCUGAGUUGCGGGUGGAAUCGGGUGAUGGCUGUAAGAGUGCAUGUGAAGCGUUUGGGAAUCCUGAAUAUUGCUGUAGUGGAGCGUAUGGUACACCUGCCACCUGUAAGCCGUCUGUUUAUUCAGAGAUGUUUAAAGCGGCGUGUCCAAGAUCGUAUAGUUACGCUUAUGAUGAUGCUACUAGUACAUUUACGUGUAUGGGAGCUGAUUAUACCAUCACAUUCUGCCCUUCAGUCUCAAGUCAAAAAUCAGCAAGAGAUUCGUCCCCAACAACAAACGCAAUAAAUGGAUCUGUUACCGGGUCAAGUGAUGUGCCAACUGUAGGCAAUAAUGGUUCAUGGUUACCAAAUUUUGUUACCGGAGACUCGUCUAGGACGGUUUCUUCUUCAUCUUUGCUAUGGACAUCAUUUGCUUCUGCAGUCUACUUCAUCUUGACCUCCUAUCCUUUAUUUGUAGCUCACUAAGCACAUACAGCAGCAACUUAAUUGGGUUCUUUAAUUUGAGCUAACCAAGUCCAGAUCGGAAACCCAAUUUUUCUAGGCCAUCCCAUUCCCAUGUAUAGUUUAUUAUUUCAAAAAUAUAAUAACGCAUAUAUAUACUUGCUUCAUUUAUUGUUAAUUUGUAGUUUUAAUUAAUAGAAAGAAAGGAAGAGCUU